GAAUUUGUUUAAGAAAGAAGUAGAAAGAAAAAAAUAUAAUACUAAAUUCUUCUAUAAGGAAGAUCUUCAAGUAAUAACGUAUAAGUGUCGACAGCAAAAUGUCAAUGCCUAAUUUAAAUUUGGAACAUCUCGAUGAAUUAAAAGCCUUCGUCGAAAUGUGCAAGUCGCAACCUUGGAUUUUAUGCAGACCUGAAUUAGCUUUUGUUAAAUCAUUAAUAGAGCAUUUUGGUGGUAAAGUAGAUCCUGUUAAAUCGAAGAACGAAACCGAAUCUAAGUUUGAAGAAACUGAAUCUAAACCGCAAGUAGAGAGUGAAGAAAGUGAUUUGGAAUUAGAUAUGACAGGAGUCAUAGAACCAGACACUGACACACCACAAGAAAUGGGAAAUUCUGCUUUGGAACCGACUGAAGAAGAAAUUGCAGAGUCCCAAAUAAAACGUUCGGAAGCUGUUUCAGCAUUUGUAGAAAAAGAUUAUGAAAAGGCUAUACAGCUUUAUACAGAAGCUAUUAAAUUAAAUCCACAAACAGCACUUUUAUAUGCAAAACGUGGACAAGUUUAUUUACUAUUGAAGAAACCUAAUGCAUGCAUUCGCGAUUGUAAUCGGGCAUUAGAAUUGAAUCCUGAUAGUGCGGCGGGUCACAAAUUUAGAGGACGAGCAUAUCACUUACUUGGAAAAUGGGAAGAGGCAGUAAAUGAUUUGAGACUCGCUUGUAAAUUUGAUUUUGACGAACAAGCCGACGAAUGGUUACGCGAAGCUACUCCAAAUGCUCGCAAAAUCGAAGAACACAAAAGGAAAAAAGAACGCAAGCUCGAAGAAAAGUUGAAACAAACGGCGGAAGAUGAGAAUGUAAAAAAAGCAAAAGAAAAGAAGCCUGAAAAAACCAACGAAAAACCCAAUGAAAAAGUAGAUAUAUCCCAAUUUUUACGUGAUCCGGAAAUAUUGGAAAGUUUCCUGGAUCCAGAGAUAUUCGAAGCUUUCAAAGAUAUUAGUAACAAUCCAUCGAAUUUUGUGAAAUAUUGUCAAAAUAAAAAAAUCACUGCAUUCAUUGAAAAAGUUGGACGUAAAUUUGGCAGUGGUGGUACUACUGGUAUUGCUGACGUAUUCCAAAUGAUGUCAAACAUGUCCGGUUCUUCUGUUAGAAACGCUUCGCAAUUUAAUACCCCAAAGUCUUCUCAACAACCUCAGGAUGAUGUUGGUCUUGAUUAAGUGUGUUAUACCAUACAAGUUGCUAAUCGGAAAUCGAGCUAAUAAGGAAAAUCGACGAAAUAAGGCUUUCUGCUGAUAAGGCUUUCGCAACGCUAUUUUUCUACAUUUCACCCACGCAUUUAUUAUUAUUUAACUGUUUCGUAACUUGGUGGAAAAUAUAUGGUGAUAAAUAUAUUAUUUUUUCAUCCUGUUAAAUCUAUAAAGUAGUAAUAUUACGUAUAUUAUAGAAAACGAAGGAACCUAUGAUCCUCAAGUCAUAACAUGGUGGGACGUAAUUCUUUUUUCAAACUUUUGUUAAAUAAUACAAAUAAAUAAGAAAAACAUCAUAUUAUCCUAAUGAUAGGAAUGAUCAAAAUGGUAAAAUAGUAAAUAGUAUUGAUAUAUUAUAAUAAAAUAUAAACGUUCGAACAAACAAACGUCCAGAUAAAUAGAGUCGAUCGGCUCAAUUAAUUUGGUGUUAACUCAUUGUCAAUUUAUUCUUUACAAAGCAUAAAUUAGUAUAAUUCCGAUAUUUAUUUAUGUACAAAAUAUAAUUGUCAAUGAAAUAAUAAUAAAUAAAGUAAGCUACGCGCUAUCGCGUU